AUGGGACUCCGGCGGAGCCAUGGCCGCAGCAUCUCUGCCGUCUUAGUUUGUCUCCUAUUCUUCGCCAUGGAAAUAGGUUUCUGUUCGGCAGAAAUAGUUCACAAGGAAGAAACCAGCUUCAUGAAAUGGCAGAAGGCCCCAACCGGCCGGCAACUUCUCAACGGACCGGGAUCCUCGCCGCCGACGUGCCGAUGGCGCUGUGGUCGCUGCUUCCCCUGCCGGCCAGUCCACGUGGCAAUCCAACCUGGUAGAAGCAUACCGCUCGAAUACUACCCUGAAGCCUGGCGAUGCAAAUGCGGCAACAAGCUCUUCAUGCCCUGA